GUCUACGUGCUGCCCGUUGUCGCGGGGGACUGGAGAUGAGGCUGAUCCUGGCUGGGAAGGCUGGUGGGGGGAAAAGCGCCACGGGGAACACCCUCCUCGGGAAACGUGUCUUUGAGUCCAAGCUGUCCACCACGCCGGUGACCGUGAGCUGUGCGAAAGCGCAAGGGCACUGGGACGGCGAGGACUUCACGGUGGUUGACACGGCCGACAUUUUCAACCCAAGUGAUGCCAGUGAUGAGGUGUACCGAGAAAUUAUCCGCUGCAUCAGGCUGUCCUCCCCGGGCCCCCACGCGCUGCUGCUGGUGACCCAGCUGGGCCGAUUCACCGAGGAGGACAAGGAGGCCGUAGAGAGACUGCAGGACAUCUUUGGAGCUGGUGUUUUGAGGCACACCAUCGUCAUAUUCACCCGUGCAGAAGAGCUGGCGGGGAGAUCUCUGCACAGCUACGUGUCCCGUACUGACAACAAAGCUCUCCGCAAGCUGAUCCAGAGGUGUGAGAACAGGUACUGCGGCUUCAACAACCGGGCAGCUGGAGCCAAACGGGACCAGCAGGUCGCGGAGCUGAUGGGGAUGGUCUGCUUCAUGGUAUGGAAGAAUGGGAACGAGUAUUACUGCAAUAUGAUGUACCUGGAGCCCAAUUUAACAGAGGAGAAGGUGAGGUAUCAAAUGGCGAGGUACAGAGCAGGCAGGAGAAAGAGGAGGUGGUUCAGCUGCAGGGGAGCUGUCAUGGCCUUUGGGCUGAUUGUCUUCACCACGGCUGUGAUUUCCCUGGGUUUCUAUAUCGCACGGCUGCGAUGGAUCCCAGCACCACAGAACCACUGACCGCCCGGGGCUGGAGGCACCUCCGCACACCGCGUGUUCCAUCCCUGCCCAGGCAGGGUCCCCAGCACCGGCUGCCCAGGACCGUGUCCCUUGGGUGUUGGACAUCUCCAGGGAUGGAGACCCCAGCGCCGCUCUGGGCAGCCUGUGCCAGCGCUCUGACCCCUGUGCAGCAAAAAAAAAAGACUUUCCUGAUGUCUCACCGGGCGUCCUUGUGCCUCCGGCAGUGCCCAUGCCCUUGUGUCUUGGCUCUGGGCACCCCACCAGGUGUUCUCACACACAGACAGGACCCCCAAUUCCCAGUGCAGUGGAACCAACUUUCCCUUGGAAAAGAAGAGGAAUCGUCUACGUUUAAUUGAGCAUCCAUUUAAUCAGUUAUCAUAUACGCAGUACAGGACAAAGAUUACGUUUACCUUUUAAGCUAGGCUCCCUUUGACCGGGGACAAAAUGCUCCUUCUGGAAGAAACCAAGGAAAGUUGCCAAUAGCAAGUAGCCUUAGGUUGUGCUUAGGUAACGUGUGGCCAUCGAUGGAUCAAAGGGGUUAGGGAACACCAGCAAGGACCCCCACAGAAGGGAAGGCAUGCGCAGAAGGGCAAGGGAAGGAUCCUUUAGAACGACGCUACAUAAAUACACAACGUAGAUUAGAGUGAUUAUGUACUAGAUAGCCAGAAUAGUCAUUAAUUUAAUGUCUGUGUGUAGCAAGGAAGUCGACACGGGGUGUGCUUGAUCUGUGGAAAAUGCACCGAGCUCUGAGGCCUGAAUAAAAGCAGUAUCACUCCUGA